AAUCUAAUUUUGUAUGUAGAAUGGGUUCCUUCACGGCGUUCGUCCCCUCAAUCUGUACGCUGGCGUUGAUCGUCAUUGUUUUGAUGCUUUCAGCUGACUAUCUUAGCUCCUUCGUGAGCCACUCAUCUUUCGAUAUGCGUCAAUUUCGUAGAGUCGGUUCAUUAUCUGAUCUUCAAAACCGAGCAGCUCUUUUGACUGAAUCUAGCGACGGUGUAAUCGUGAAUCGUUUCACAAACUCAACUGCAGCUAGCGACGGCGUAACCGUGAAUCAUUUCACAAACUCAACUGCAUCUAGCGACAGCGUAACCGUGAAUCAUUUCACAAACUCAACUACUGUUAAAAAAAAAUCAUCACCGAGCGAGAUAGAUAAAAGAAAGGAGCUGAAUCAAGGGCUUGCAAGAUCACGAGCUUCGAUUCGUAAAGCAGCGCUGACGCAAAAGUUUCCGUCAAUUAUCAAAAACGAAGAUAUUGUUCCUCAAAGGGCCAUCUAUCGUAACCCCGGAGCAUUUUAUCAAAGCUAUGCGGAGAUGGAGAGGAAAUUCAAGGUUUAUGUGUAUAAAGAAGGAGAACCCCCCAUGGCCCACGAUGGGCCAUGCAAGGAAAUGUACUCAAUAGAAGGAAGGUUCAUAAACGAGCUGGAGCAUGGUACUACGAGGUUCAGGACAAGUGAUCCUGAGCGUGCUCACAUUUACUUUUUGCCUUUCAGUGUGACUUCAAUGGUGGAGUACCUAUACCGCCCUCUUACGUAUGAUCUUGUUCCACUUAAGCAGUAUGUAGCAGAUUAUGUGAAAGUUGUGUCUACUAGACAUCCCUUUUGGAAUAGAACUAGUGGGGCUGAUCACUUCAUGCUUGCCUGUCAUGAUUGGGGUCCUCUGGUAUCUGAAGCCAACCCUCAACUCUACAGCAGAUCCAUCCGAGGCCUCUGCAAUGCCAACUCCUCCGAAGGUUUUAACCCUCAAAAAGAUGUAAGCAUCCCCGAAAUCCACCUCUUCGGUGGCUACCUACCAACCAAGCUUCAAAACCCACCACCCUUAACUGAACCAAGACCUCAUCUGGCAUUCUUUGCCGGCGGAGUCCACGGCCCAAUCCGCCCCAUCCUUUUGGAUAACUGGAAAGGCCGUGACAAUGAUAUGAAGGUUUAUGAGUACCUCCCCGAAGGAGUGGAUUACUAUUCCUUUAUGCUCCAAUCAAAGUAUUGCCUGUGUCCAAGUGGGUAUGAAGUGGCCAGCCCUAGAGUUGUGGAGUCUAUAUAUGCAGAAUGUAUACCAGUGAUUUUGUCAAAAAAAUUUGUGCUGCCAUUAAGUGAUGUUUUGAGAUGGGAGUCUUUCUCGGUACAGGUAAAAGUAUCAGAUAUUCCAAGACUGAAGGAGGUGUUGACGUCAAUUUCUGAGGAGAAGUACAUGAAACUGAAGGAGAAUUUAAGAGCUGUUAGGAAACAUUUUAUGUUAAACAAACCUGCUCAGAGAUUUGAUGCGUUUCAUAUGAUCUUACAUUCCAUAUGGCUUAGAAGGCUAAAUAUGAGACUUAGCUGACGAUUA